AUGGCGUCCAAGUUCUACGCAGUCAUCGUCGGAGCCGGCGGAGGCACCGGUGAGCUGCUCUACCCCACAACCUAUCGCAAUGCACCUAUCACGAUAUACAGCAACAGUUGUGCUUCUGUAGCAGCUAGAUUCGCAAAGGCGUAUCCAGUAGUGCUUCUGGCGCGAACAGCCGCGACCUAUGAGGGCAGUGUAAAGGCAAUCAAUGAGGCAGGCGGUAAAGCCAUCGGCAUCAAUGCCGACGCAACAGACCGGGUCUCUCUGGAUGCCGCCUUUGAAACCAUCGCCAAGGAACUGCCGGACCACAAGCUGACUGCCGCUAUCUACAACGCCUCGGGAGGUCUCAAGCCUACGCCCUUCGUCGAGAUUGACCCCCAAGUUCUGGAAGACAGCAUCGAUGUGAAUAUCCGAGGCUUCUUCAACUUUGCGCAAAAGACUCUCCCAUUACUCGAGGACGCCGUGAGCUCCUCUCCACACCCGCCGUCGCUCAUCGUAACAGGCGCCACAGCCUCGGUGAAGGGAUCCGCCAGAUUCGCUACCUUCGCUGCAGGAAAGUGGGCAAAGAGGGCGCUGGCGCAGUCUAUUGCCCGCGAGUACGGGCCUAAAGGCGUACACGUUGCGCACGCCAUCAUCGACGGCGUCAUCACUGGGCCCAGGACUGAGGCGUACACUAGUGUUAACGGCGGUGCGCCCGACGGCAAGAUCAGCGCUGAUUCGAUUGCUGAGACUUAUUGGAGCUUGCACACGCAGCAUCGCUCGGGAUUCACCUGGGAGGUUGAUAUUCGACCCUACGUUGAGAAGUGGUAA